AUGGGAGGCACGGACAUGGACGUGGAACCGGAGCUCAUGCAGAAGUUCAGCUGCAUGGCACCACGGGACAAAGACGUCCUCAUCUCGGAGUUUCAGAGGCUGCUUGGGCUUUCAGCUCAACCCGGCCUUGCUUGCGCCUUCUUCCUGGACAUGGACCAAACUGGUGAGAACCUGCAGGCUGCUAUUGGUGCAUAUUACGACUUUGAAAGUCCCAACGUCAACACGCCAUCCAUGUCCUUUGUUGAAGAUGUGACAAUUGGGGAAGGAGAGUCUGUUCCUCCGGAUACACCGUUCACAAAGACCUGGAGAAUACAGAACACAGGUGCAGAGUCGUGGCCACCUGGGGUUAGUCUCAAGUACAUCGGUGGGGAUCAGUUCGGGCACGUAAACGCAGUUAUGGUAAAGUCGCUAGACCCCCAGGAAAUCUCAGAUGUGAGCGUGCAGAUGCGAAGUCCCACAGCUCCAGGCAUGUACCAGGGCCAGUGGAGGAUGUGUACCGCCACCGGAUUAUUCUACGGAGAUGUAAUCUGGGUGAUUCUUAGCGUAGAAGUUGGAGGUCUCCUCGGCGUGACCCAGCAGCUGUCCUCGUUCGAGACGGAAUUCAACACCCAACCCCAGCGCAACGUGCAGGGAGACUUCAACCCGUUCGCCUCGCCGCAGAAGAACAAGCAUGACGCCACUGACAACAGCUUCAGAGAUCCCGGCGGAGCCUGGGAACGUACGCAAGAGCCAAUCCAGCAAGAUCAAAAUGGACUGUCUCAUAAUGCUGUAAAUAGGGCGUCAAAUGGUCUUCAAACCAAUCUUUCUGUGGUGACUUAUGGUCAGGGUAUUCACGGACCCUAUCCAUUUGGACAAAGCUAGAAAGACAAAGACCCCCCCCCCCCCCCAGGGUGGAUGAUGAGCUUAACACCCUGGGAGACCUUAAAUGCAGAGGAGUCGGAGGGGGGGAGGACAGUUGUUUUAUAUUGACUCAUGACAACCCUCUCCCCAACCUCAUGGCCCUUUCCACAGAAACACAAACUACAGUGCGGUGAUGGAUUACGUGCGCUACAGUGAAACAUCCCACCUGACAUCAUCACCCGGAUACGCAUGUGUGAAUGCUUCGUUUAAGAGUGCUAUAAACCCUUAAAAAUAGAUACACACAACUAUUUUUAUUUCCACUGUACAACACGCCUAAUUAAAGGGAAAAUCAACCCUAAACAAUCUCCAUACAGUUUUGGUAUUCCCAUGGGCAAUUGAUUACUUUGUUUCUUCGGGGUUCCUACACAGGUCUGAAAAUGAAAACUGCCAACAAUGGGUACAGAAUUCAUUGUGAUCCUAGAACAUUUUGAGGCCUUGAAAAGUGUGAAAGAAAGACUUGUGGGAUGUAGGUUUUAGGUUGGAAAACGUGUCAUCUUUUAUUCACCAUACCAAACAGUUUAUAGUAUAAUUAAAAUGAUUAUUUCCAGUUUUCCUGUAGCCUUACACCACGUUUCACACACGAAACCUGAAUGAUGUGAAAUGUUAAACAACAAGUAUGACCGGUUGUACCGGACGACUGGUCACAGAUGAAUAUCGGAACAUUACCAUUCACGAAAGACCAGAACUAAACCACAGAUUUGCUGUGGAUAAGUCUGGAUGAUGGAGAUGGAAAAUAUUCCCAUGUUUACAUCUUGUGAGCAUUCACAUCGCCAAGAACUCGAAAUGGCUGGAUGAUAAACCGAUUUGGCUGUGUGAACAAAAGAAAUGGCACUAUAUCCGUUAAAGUUGUGUUUAAUUUUCUUGAACAGCUGACAUGAAGCAUCCACAUUUGUUUGGUUUUCAGACACUUCCGUUUUAUGAAGCGCCAAAUGGGAUAUGUUAGAGCUUUCAGAGAAGUUUCCAGUUGCAAUUACAACAUAGAUGUUGACGUGAACGCUAUUUACGAGUCGGGAAUUCAGAUAACUUAUAUUAUUAUUUCUUCGGCUUCUACCAUUUCAGGUUUAACAAGUCUGACAUUUCUUUGUGUAUUCAUUGACACGAAAGGUUUACAACAACCUGUGAUGUAUUUAAAGAAAAGACAACACGUGUGCUCUGCGUUAAAAAAAUACUUUGAGAUCGUAUGACCUACUGUCAUGUUUCAAGUAUUUUUGUAACGGAGAACAAUUUAUGACUGAGAGGACUAGAAGUUAUCCCCAAUAUCUGUCUUAAUAUUACAUUUAUUACUGAAAAGUUACUGUUGUGUAAGCAGUGUUCACCCUGACAGUGAACUGUUUUGGUGUUUGUAGAGCCAUGUCAGAUAACUUGUAA